AUGGUGAUUCUUGCCACCGCAGCCAGAGACUGUUACUGCUCCUACCCUUGCAAAACUGUCCCUGACAGAGUGGUGGACUUAAGAGGGGAUGAUGCUGGGAAGGAGGAAGUAGAUUCCUGGCUUGCUUGUCAGCCAUUUGUGGUAUAUGAAGAGGAAAACAGGAAAACGUGCAGAAAUGUCAUGCAGAUUCACUGUGAGCAGCUCAAAAGGAAGAACAAAGGUGCAGAGGAUCAUCUAGAAUUGUGCUCCCAUCAGUGUGUUGAGAUGGAAAGGUGUGAAAGUAAAGAGCUUGAUGUUGAAAUAAGGAACCUGAUAGAGAAGAAUAACACUUACCAGUUGUGUGAGGACCCUGAACCUAUUGCGCAAGAGAGUCCGAACCCUCAGAGAAUUUCGUGUUCCCUUAAGACAGAAAGUGAUCGCUCUUGUUAUUUCAGACAUACUCUUUUCUUUCUGAUGAACCCCGUGCUGUUCUUACAUGACAAUCAGUACAGAAAAGCGGUCGCCUGUAGUGAAACAAAUGCAUCCAAGAUGGCCUUGAGUGCGUGGACAGGUGUGAGUGACAUGGAAGCCCCAGCAGACCCGCUAGAAUUAAGGCACAUAUUACUGACCAAAAAGAAGACUAUAUCAGCCAGUUCUCUGGAACAACAGAUCCUCUCACUGGAAAGACAGAGACGAGAGCUUUUGGAGGUGAACAAGCAAUGGGAUCAUCAGUUUAGAAGUAUGAAACAGCUUUAUGAAAAACAGCUGGCAGAAAUGAAAGCAAAACUGGACGUGUCAGAGAGGAGAGUCAGUGAGCUGGAGGAAGAGAGACCUCAACGGCAUCCAGAAGAUGAGAGAUUGCGAGCCCUGGGCAGAGAGAGGCCGUCGCAGGAAAUGAAAGAAACAAAGGUCCUUAGUGAAGCUCUCCAUGAAAUGAAGGAAGAGAACAAUCUCCUGAAGCAGAAGAAUGCCUCAAUGAUCAGAAAGAAGGAACACUAUGAGCGUGAAAUAAGUCGUCUCAAUAAGGCCCUUCUGGAUGUGUUGAAAAAGCAGCACUCACCUGUUGUUGGGACUCCUUCAGAGAAGGGUGACAGGAACAGCCUUGAGGACAUGAGAACUCAGCUUGAAGUUCUCAGACAGCAGGUACAAAUAUAUGAAGAAGACUUCAGAAAGGAGAGAUCUGACAGAGAAAGACUUAAUGAGGAGAAAGAAGCAUUGCAGAAAAUUAACAAGAGAUUACAGUCUCAACUGAGUAAACUAAACUCUCAGACAAAAGAUCUCCCGGUACAGUCUGAGAGGCCCAGCUACCCACCUCCCCUCUUCCUCUCACCAUGUGUUAAUUGUGGGAAUUGUGGGUUGGUUCUUCACUAUCAAGAUCCUCGAGUACAUCCAACGUCUCGCAGGGCACAUGAGCAGCAACAGCACUCACCAGACUAUCAGUGGUAUGUUCCUGACCAGUUUCCGCCAGAUGUGCAGCACAAGGCAAAUGAUUCAUCCUCGGAGAAGGGAGCCCAUCGCUGA